UUGUCCGAAGUGAAGUCUCCUCAGGGAGUGACCAUCCCCAUCCCGAUGAAUAGCCUCGUACGCGCUCUGGGAUCCGACGAACCUGGAAAUGGCCACUCUCCAGCGUGUGCGUUCCCACCAGCAUCAGGAAGCGCGCAAAAUAACCAGAUGGGAGGGACGAUGACGCGUCAAUGGCAAAGUCGUCCUCGCCCACGCAUCGUGCGUAUAAAUCUGAUGCUGCGUGCAGCAAGAGCGAGACCAAGAACGGGCGGAAAUGGUGAGCGGUGGCGGCGGCGACAACUCCUGGCCGAUGGCCCUCCGGAGCGCGGCCCACCCCCAGCACGACCUAGCCUACCAACUCCUCCGCGGCAACCGCUGCGACCUCUGCGGCGGCACCAUCGCCGCCGAGUUCCGCUACCGCUGCGACACCUGCGACUUCGACGCCCACGGCGGCUGCCUCCGGCCGGACCCCCGGACCCAGGCCCGGACCACGCUGCCAGUGCUGCCCACGGCGAACGCCCCCCACCAUCCGCCGCCACCACUACCACCGGUGGUGCAGCCGGCAAGGCCUAUGCCGAGCUCUUCAAGCUACGCCGCCCCGGCGCCGCCGCCGCAGUACCACCAGUGCGGCCACGCCUCAGCUCUUCCCGCACCGGCGCCGCCCCAAGCCGCAGGUCAAUGUGUCCCUGUCCGGCCACUUGAGCUUGCACCAGCCCCACCACCAGCACGCCGCGCAGACCUCGGGUGCCAAUCCUGUGCUCAUGCACCAUCACUAUCCAGCGGCGCAGCACAGCCAUGGUUACGGGAACGGAGCAGAUCCCUGUGUGCCGGUGAGCUACAACCAUCAUCAUCAGCAACAAUACCCGGCCACCAACAACCAUGGAGGCUACAUGGAUGACUACAAUGGAGAUGCGGAUGACUAAGACGAUGCGAGGGAUUUUGGGGACGACGUGGAUGAUUACGACUACGAUGACAAUGAUGACUAGAUAUUUUUUAUUCUCACCUGCACCCAGCCAUAAGUGUGAGCAAUGUCGUUGGACCUUCUCCUAGUAAAUCACUCAGGCUCCUUGCCGCCGUUAUGCAAGAACUUUGUAUGUGUCUUGUGCUAUGGAGCCCAUAAUAUAUAGAGCCUGUAAUAUGUCGGUAUUUCUAUUAUAAAAUUUAAGCGCCUUGGCUGCGUGUGGCA